AAAGUAGGUGAAAAACAACACAAACUCACAAUUUCAAUCUCUUUGCUUUAUUAAUCUUCACCUCACAUUUACUUUCAAACCCGACUCAUAAAUCAAUGAUUCUCUCUAUCUCUUUCCUCCUCGUAUGGACCCGUUUAACAAUUUUACCUCCCAAUAUUUACAGCCCACGUUAAAAUAAAAAGAAUAAAGGCAUUGAAGAGUCCGCCUUUAGUUCUCCUGAUUUAUCUUGGCAAUAAUAAUAAUAGAAAUUUCUCUCUCUUGUAUUUCUAUUUGUCUAUUGAUUUGAUCCAUUACAAUUACAGUCUCUCAUCUAUCUAUCUAUCUAUCUAUCUAUCUCAUGCAUCUUCUGUGUAUGCCUUAAUUUCCCACAACUUUCUCUCUCUUAAACUUUCUCUCUCAUCUCUUUAUUUGUGUGUUUGUUUUAGCACCCUCAUCUCCCCACAUUGCUCCAUACUCUUCUCUCUUUCUUUUUAUAUCUUCAUUCAUCAACUCCCAUUAAUUCAUAUUAUUUCUUUCCUUCUUUCUCUUUUUAUACCAUUAUCAUUAUGGCUGUUCAAGCUCAAUACCCUUCUAAUAUUCUCCUCUUAAACAGAAACGUUCAAGAAACCAACGAUUAUUCUUUACAACAGCAACCUGGUGGUGGUGGUGGAGGUGGAUUCAUUGAUCAAAAUCAUAUGCUUUUUACUAAUAAUAAUGGAGUGGGGGUUAAUCAAAGGAAAAGAAGCAGAGAGGUUGCAGGAGCAACAACAGCAACUACAACAACGACGACAAUUAAUUCAUUCAAUUUCUCCCUCCAAAAUCAGCAACAGCAACAACAAAAUCAGAAUCAUCAGUUGAUCGAUCUUUGUCAACUACAAAAUCAUCAACAACAACAGCAGCAACCUAAUGUGGUGUCAACUGGUCUUAGAUUAUCAUUCGGAGAUCAAAAUCAUCAACUUCAACAACACCAACAGCAACAACAACAACAACAACAAAUUCAACAACAGCAGCAAUCUAAUAAUACAAUUAUGUCUCUUCUUUCUGAAGAAUUCGCCCUUCAAUUUAAACAACAGAGUGAUGAACUCUCCUACUUUCUCCAUUCCCAGGGGGAACAAUUGAGGCGCACGUUAGCAGACAAAAGGCAGAGGCACUAUCGUGCGCUACUAGGCGCAGCGGAAGAAGCCGUCACACGACGGAUGAGAGAGAAAGAAGCGGAGGUAGAAAAAGCAGCAAGACGAAACGCAGAGUUGGAAGCCCGAGCAGCCCAAUUAAGCGCAGAGGCCCAAGCAUGGCAGGCCAAAGCUCGGGCCCAAGAAGUCCAAGCAGCGUCACUUCAGGCCCAAUUACAACAAGCAAUGGUGGGCCCAGCAAAUGGAAGUGGCGUGUUACAGGAAGGGAAUGGGGUAGGGUGUGGAGGAGACGCGGAGGAUGCUGAGUCAGCGUAUGUUGACCCAGUGAGUGACCGGAGAGUAACGUCACCGAGUUGUAAGAUGUGCCGGACACGUGUCGCGACGGUGGUGUUAUUGCCGUGUCGGCAUUUGUGUGUGUGUAGGGAGUGUGACGACGUCGUUCAAGCUUGCCCACUUUGUUUGUCUCUUCGAAGUGCCAGUGUUGAGGUCUACCUCACUUAGGAUUGGCCCACCUGGCCCAUUACCGAAUUUCAGGCCCAUAAUAUCUGACCCAAACAAAAGAAAAAAAAAAAGGACCCCAACAAAAAAAAAAAUAAUUAGAAAUGGUAGAAAUAAAAUUUUUAUUUAAAAAAAGUUAAUUUUGUGUUUUGACAAUAUUUGAAAAAAAAAACCUCAAAACGACAACAAAAAUGGACUUUUGCGGCUUUUAUUUUGGGUCAUUUAAUUGGGGUGGUGAAUGGGAUGAACAGAUGAUGUACAUGGCCAACUAAUGGCGAUUUUUCUUUCUUUUUUUUUUUUUUUUUUUUUUGCUUUAUUUAAAUUCAAUUGAUACAUAAAAUUCUUUUAUUUGAUUAUUAAUAUGUGCAUGAAAUUUUGACCAUAUAGGUUUUUAUUAUGGUUGGUUUUUAAGAUUGGUACAAAUGUGUGGCAAUGUAUGCACAUGAAGAAUGAAUGCAAAUUCUACUCGGUAAAUGAACAAUGCAUUGUUUUACACUUUUACCUAAUGAAACACAAGAAAACAAACAUACAUGUAAA